UUGCGAUUAGUGGUGAACGUCAUAAGUGUUGUUAUCGUGUAUAAGAGGCAGUUUUUUCGAAUUCAAAGAUGUCCUUGGAAAUGUUCAUCAUGAAAUGUUUAAAAUAUGAUAAGUCAGCAGACAUGUGCAAAAUAAUUGACGCAAAAGUCAAGAAAUAUUAUCAUGCAUGUAAUGCUGCUUAUACAUCGUCCGAAACCUUCAAGAAGCUUCUGCAAACAAGAAUGGAAUUGAUAGACAAGGAUCCUAAGAAUCUUUAUGUGUAUAUCAAAGAAGUUGUCGAUGAACUGAAACUGAGAGGUAAGAAAGAUCCACCAAGGAAAAAAAUAAAACUUGAAACAGAUUCACCGGAGAGUAGCAACCUAGAAAAGCCGACUGAAGAAGUAAAGGCAGUUAAAGAAGAACCACAUUUUCAAGAGAGAGCUGCAAAGAAAUUGAGCAAAAUGCUGCAUUGCCUUCAAAGAAGAAUCACAAAACUAGAACAAAAAGAAGUAGACUGGGAUGAAGAAAAUGACUCCACGUACAUACAGUUACAAAGGUAUAAAGAGCGUGCAGUAGCAGUGUACAAAAAACUCCAACAGUAUGAAUGUGGUGCCAUACCAAAACUUCAGGAGAGAAGAGCAGUAACAUAUUCAGGAACUGCAUUUCCAAGUGUCAACCGUGCUAUUGAAAAGUAUGUGAAUAAAACAGGACAGUUCCCUGAUUAUCAAGAUGUUUUGAAACUUCUCAAGUCUGCAUAUGAGGAGGAGAAAAUGAAUAUUUCUCCUGAGAGGCUAAGGAACCAAGCUAAAGCAGCAUUCCAGACCAUUGGAGAGCAACUGCAGCGGCAGCGACAAUUCUCUACGUGGAAUGCACACUCGCAUUAUUUGGGUGAUAACAGGGAUCCAGCUGAAGACGACCAGGAGCUGGAUGAGAAACUUAGAGAGAACAAGAAGGACUUUGGGAGUCGUAUAAAUGAGGUUAUUAACAAAUUUGCUGAUCAAACAAAAGACAUGAUACCAGAAGAGGUUGCUGAUGAUGAAAUAGCAAGCAAAUCAGAGGAUGAAGAAGAGGAUGGUAGUGAAAAAGAGACUGUUGAUGGAAGUGAAACAGAAGAUGACUUUGUUGAUAAGAUUUUGGCAGAUAUCGAUAACAAUGACAAUGAUACCAGUGAAAAUGAAGAAGAAUCCAAUGAGGAGAGUGAUGGCAAGGUGGAUGGAGAAGACCUACAGACAGAGGAAGCUGUGUGUGAAGAUAAUAACAGCAAACAAACAGAAAAUGAAGAAGAAAUUGUGGUAAUUCAUGAACAAAAAUCAGAACAUAAUAAUGACAAUAAGGCAAAGUUACUUCGUGAAGCAGAAAGGAGCAAAAAGAAUGAAAAAUGUAAUUUGCUACAGGAAUCACCAAGAAGAGAACUUAAAGAGAGAGUGGUAAUUGCCACAGCUUCAAUCAAAGUUGAAGCACAUGGUAUGCCACAUAAAAUCGAUGUUAGGGUGUCAAAUUUUUCUUCUGAAAUGAGACCAUCUAAACUGCAGGACAGACAUAAUGGUAUGCUGCAAAAAUGUGAACAGUCCAAGAAUAAUACAUCAGAAUUUCAUUCUCAUGAAUCAAAACAGGUGGAAAGGCACUUAACAACACAUCCAGAGAUUGAUAAUGACAGUGAUAACGAUGUCAUUAUCUUAGAGUGACAGUAAGCCAGUGUUUUUACCCACUGGGGAUGACAUUUGAAUACCAACCAAAUAUUUAACAUCAACAGUGCUUGCUUUGCACAUGAAGGUUAUUUACUCUUUAGUUGCAAGUUUUUAAUAUGUAUACAGUUAAUAUAUAUACAUUUGGUGCAGCUAGAAAGGGCACAUAUAUUAUUUUUUGCCCUUUGUAAUCAGGUGUGAUUUUUUAUUUGUGAUUUGUACAGAAAAUUUUAUUAGACUCGAUUUAUAUAUUGAAAGUAUAGGUUCUUGAAAACAGUCAUAUAUUUAUAUAAAGGGCUUGUACUGAAUUAAAUAAAAUAACGCCUUUCUGUCUAACAGAAGGUGGCAUAAUGGCAUGGUGAAAAGUUCUGAGCCUGGCAGUGAAA